AUGACUGCAAUGAUUAAAGAACAAACCUUCAGAAGUAGUUCCCAAAAAAAUUUGAUCAUCCUUUCAAGUUCUAAAUCCAGUUUCCUUGCACCAACGAUGGCAGAAGCAAAGAGGUAUGCUGUAGUUACAGGGGCAAACAAAGGGAUCGGCUUUGAGGUAUGCCGGGAAUUAGCGUCUCAUGGAAUCACGGUGGUGAUGACAGCCAGAGAUGAAAAAAGGGGUCUUGAUGCUCUUGGAAAGCUCAAAAGUUCCAAUGGCUUUUCUGAUGAUAUUCUGUUCUUUCAUCAGCUUGAUGUGGCUGAUUCAUCUAGUGUUGCUUCCCUCGCCGAAUUCAUCAAAAAUCAGUUUGGAAGGCUUGAUAUCUUGGUGAAUAAUGCAGGAGUUUCUGGUGUACAUGUUGAUGCGGAUGUUGAGGCAAUAAAGGCCGAGGUUGGUGAGUCAGAAGAAGCUCGAUGGGAUGCUGUAACGAAGGCAAUGACUCAAACAUAUGAGUCUGCAUUAGAAUGCUUGGAGAUAAACUAUUAUGGUGCAAAAAGAAUGGUUGAGGCCUUUAUACCUCUUCUACAGUUGUCUCAGUCACCAACAAUCGUCAAUGUUUCUUCUGAAGCCGUUAAGUUACUGAAUCUCAGUGAAUGGGCGAUAAGGAUACUAAAUGAUGUCGACAACCUAACGGAAGAGAGAAUAGAUGAGGUCUUGAAUGCAUUUCUGAAGGACUUCAAAGAAGGCACCCUCGAAGCCAAUGGCUGGCCUGUUCUUUUGUCAGGUUACAGAGUCUCGAAAGUAGCCAUUAAUGCAUACACAAGACUUUUGGCAAAGAAGUAUCGAAACAUCAAAGUCAAUUGUGUCUGUCCUGGACAUGGGAAAACUGAUUCAAGCUUCAACAUAGGCACGUAUACUGCUGAAGAAUGUGCCAGAAAUGUGGUGAUGGUAGCUCUACUGCCUGAUGAUGGUCCUUCUGGUUUGUUUUUUGUUCGCGGUAAAGUGUCAUCUUUUUGA